CAUGUCCACGUGCAGCUCCCUUUUUGUGGUCUCUGUCUUCCUCACACACACUUGAGCUUCAGGCUGCUACUUCUAAUUCUCUCAUUCACUGCAGCCCAAGUAUUUCUCAACACUGGAGGAUUAUGUUUCUGGGAGGAGCUUUUGCUUCAACAGAUGAGGACAUUUAGGCUCAGCUAGAAACUGGAUUUGCUCAGGAUUUUGGCACAUUUUCGGCCUAGGCAGGACCAUAACCCAGUUCUCCAUAUACCGGAAGCCAAGUCUCUUCCACUGCCCACUGUUUGUCUCAGGUUCUGCGGUAGACUCAGCCAUGGACCCGCUCUCCGAGCUGCAGGAUGACCUGACCCUCGAUGACCCCAGUCAGACCCUGAACCAGCUCAAGCUGGCCUCUAUUGAUGAGAAGAAUUGGCCUUCGGACGACAUGCCUGACUUCCCCAAGUCAGAUGACUCCAAAAGCAGCUCCCCGGAGCCUGUCACACAUCUGAAGUGGGAUGACCCUUACUAUGACAUUGCCCGGCACCAGAUCGUGGAGGUGGCAGGUGACGACAAGUACGGAAGGAAGAUCAUUGUGUUCAGUGCCUGCCGGAUGCCACCCAGCCACCAGCUGGACCACAGCAAGCUCCUGGGGUACCUGAAGCACACACUGGACCAGUAUGUGGAGAGCGACUACACACUCCUCUACCUGCACCAUGGCCUGACCAGCGACAACAAACCCUCACUCAGCUGGCUGCGAGAUGCCUACCGGGAAUUCGACCGCAAAUACAAGAAGAACAUCAAGGCCCUGUACAUUGUGCACCCGACCAUGUUCAUCAAAACCCUGCUCAUCCUCUUCAAACCCCUGAUCAGCUUCAAGUUUGGGCGGAAGAUCUUCUAUGUGAACUACCUGAGUGAGCUCAGUGAGCACGUGAAGCUCGAGCAGUUGGGGAUCCCUCGCCAAGUGCUCAAGUAUGAUGACUUCCUCAAGUCCACCCAGAAGAGCCCUGCGACAGCCCCCAAGGCCAUGCCACCUCGGCCGCCCCUACCCAACCAGCAGUUCGGGGUCUCCUUGCAGCACCUGCAGGAGAAGAACCCAGAGCAGGAGCCCAUUCCCAUUGUGCUCAGGGACACCGUCGCCUACCUGCAGGCCCACGCUCUCACCACCGAGGGCAUCUUCCGGAGGUCAGCCAACACCCAGGUGGUGCGUGAGGUGCAGCACAAGUACAACAUGGGGCUGGCCGUUGACUUUGACCAGUACAAUGAGCUGCACCUGCCGGCUGUCAUCCUGAAGACCUUCCUGCGGGAGCUGCCUGAGCCCCUGCUGACCUUUGACCUGUACCCCCAUGUGGUGGGCUUCCUUGACAUUGACGAGAGCCAGAGAGUGGCGGUGACACAGCAGGUGCUCCGGACACUGCCUGAGGAGAACUACCAGGUGCUUCGCUUCCUGACUGCCUUCCUGGUGCAGGUUUCUGCCUACCAUGACCAGAACAAGAUGACCAACACGAACCUGGCUGUUGUCUUCGGCCCUAACCUGCUCUGGGCCAAGGAUGCCGCCAUCACCCUCAAGGCCAUUAACCCCAUCAACACCUUCACCAAGUUCCUCCUGGAUCAUCAAGGGGAGUUGUUCCCCAGCCCCGAUUCCCCAGGGCUCUGAGCCCAGCCUUGUGCACGGGUCAUGGGACUUCUCCGCCUGGUUCUGCCACAGGGGAGCCAGGGCUCCUGCCCGGGACAGAAGCUGGAGUGCGGCACUGGAUGGCCACUCUGCUCUGCCCAGCCCUCCACCGCCUGGUGGCCUCCUGUCCCCAAGACGCUUGUCUUCGCCUUAUACUUUUCACUGCCUCUCUGGAUGCCUGGCUCCUGCAGGGCUUGGCUCUUCCAGCUGGAGAAGGACUGAACCCCAGUAACCCUUUUUCUGCUUUUCUCUGCUUCUGUUUCCCUGGCAGCAGUGGGUAACCAUAUCCCUGCUGGCUGGCCUGGGGCUGGGGCAGGGGCUGGGGCUGCGCCUGGGACCAGAGAUCCCCCCUUUCUGAUGGCUGUGGAAUGAGCAGCCAGAUGCCAAGGCAGGACCUGGCUGUGCCCAGACGCCUCCGUAUCUGAGUCCAGUGGCUCUGCCCUUUAGAAGUCCUGUGACACUAGUGUGGGUGCAGUCCCUGUGCCUCUUUUCUCUCUCAUGGCUGAGCCCUGGGUCCUAACAGCCUCUGGAAUGCCAGACUGCAGUCCGCUUCCUGUUUCUGCCUUCUGGGUCCACCUUUCCCAAGUGGCACAGCCCCUUGGGGUUCUAACCCUUGGAUCUACAGGGACUGGUAUCUUGGAUGCGGGACCCAUGGUCUCAGGGUUCACUGGGAAUAGCCACAUUCCCGGUCCAUAGUGACUCGGAACUCGGGCUGGUGCUGAGGCUCAUGGUACUCACAAGAGAGACAGAUUUUGCUAAUAGACCAGCCUCUGUGGGGGGUCCUAGCAGUAGCCACAAGGAAGUCUGGCACCUGCCAUUGUCCUUCAGAAAUUCUGGACUGACGAUGGUUGACAUUCCUCAUUUCUCCCCAGGAACCUCUCCCCCAGAGAAGGGGGACACCACAAUGACCCUGUGCCCACUGUGGGGCCAGCAGGAUGGUACCUCCAGAGCCUGUACUGGGGGUUCCUCCCGGGUGACCAGUGGGCUGGUUCUGUCACUCCUGUCUCUGGCCUGGCUUGGCCACUUGGUUCUCUGCCGCCUUUAUAUAUUGAGUGUCACUCACAGCCCUAUUUCCUGGGGAGCCUUUGGGAUCUUUCUCCUGUCCCCUACCCCACUGGAGUGUACGGGGCACUGGUACUGUGAAUCGAGUGUUCACAUCCACACCUAUUGACUUACUUGGCACCAAUUGUGUAUUUCACCGUUUGCACUUUUUGUAUUUCAAAAUAAAAAUGGAAAAUACCCUG